UAGCGUUGAUGAAUAUUAACUUUCGAACGUCAAACCUUCAAUCAGUCAGACGAGAGGAUUUUCUAGCAACACCUGAAACCUUCAAGAAAUUGUUUAUGGUAGAAUUAUGAAUACAGUACUUUUUAUUGCCGUGGCAUUCUUGAUAAUAUUGGCAUGGAUACCACUUUCAUCUCAAAGUUCAGAAUGUCAAACUCAAGCAUUAUGUCAACAGUGUAUAAGUAAACCACAAUGUGCUUGGUGUUCUGAAGAGAACUUUGAUCAAAAGGCAGCAUCUAGAUGUGACACCCCAGCAAACCUGGUGGAUCUGGGCUGUCCAAAAACCAAUAUAUCAAAUCCAGACAGUGGGUUUACAAAUGUUGAAGAUGCUGCUGUUGGGCCUACUAUCCAGGUCACUCCACAGAGAGUAAAAGUCAAAUUAAGACCAGGCAAACCUGCUAAGAUACCAAUGACUGUUCGAUCGGCUGAGAACUACCCAGUUGAUUUGUACUAUCUUAUGGACAUGUCCUGGUCCAUGGAGAACGAUCUGGGAAACCUAAAGAAACUGGCUGGGAAGAUAGCUGCGAGUAUGGCUAACAUCACAAAGAACUAUCAGCUCGGUUUUGGAAAAUUUGUGGAUAAGACAGUCUCUCCCUACGUGAGAACAGAGUUGGACAAGCCUUGCGGUGGCAAUGGACAGUGUGAAAAAACUUACGGAUUUCGCCACACCCUUCAACUUGUCAAUGACAGUACAAAAUUCCAGAAUGAAAUCAAUAACCAGAUCAUUUCUGGUAAUCUUGACGAACCUGAAGGAGGUUUUGAUGCUUUGAUGCAAGUUGCUGUUUGUGGAAAAAAAAUAGGAUGGAAAGACAUAUCAAGAAGACUCGUAGUGUUUGUCACUGAUGCACCGUUCCAUUUGGCGGGGGAUGGGAAGCUUGGCGGAAUUGUUAUCCCUAAUGAUGGGCAAUGUCAUCUAGACAGCAGUGGAACUUACUACAAAUCUAAUGAACUGGACUACCCAUCGAUAGCUCAGCUCCACGAAAAACUAUUACAGAACCAGAUUCAGCCGAUAUUUGCUGUCACUGGGAAUGUCACCGAACUCUACAAGGGUCUGAGUUCCAUGUGGAGUGAUCUAGGUGCUGUGACUGGUAAACUGGCAGAGGAUUCUGGGAACGUGGUGGAACUCAUCAAAAAAAGCUACGAGAAAAUAGCGUCCACUGUAAAACUGUCCUUCAAGGCUCCUCAAGGCAUCCGUGUUGACUACCAAGGAACAUGCGGAAAUAAAAUMAUUAAAAAUGAGGAGUGCACAGGUGUUGCUAUCAAACAAAAGGUUGAUUUUGAAGUCUUUGUUACUCUCGAGAGCUGUUCACCAGAAGCGACCAAAGAAAAAAGCUUCCCUAUUCGAAUCCCCGGUUUUGGUCGACUAGACGUGGACCUUGAAUACAUAUGCAGCUGUCAGUGUGAAUCACCACAAAAUAGGGUGGAGAAUAGUYCACGGUGUAGUGACGGCAACGGUACAUAUGCCUGUGGGCAAUGCUCCUGUUAUGAAGGAAGAUAUGGCGAAGAGUGUGAAUGUGACAGUCCAUUCGACAAGAGUAAAGACCUGUCCAAAUGCAAGGCGAACAAUGCUACUGACGAGGCUCCGUGUAGUGGGAGUGGUCAGUGUAUCUGYGGCAAGUGUAUCUGUAACAGGGAUCCUCGUGGACGUAUUUAUGGAGACAAAUGUCAGUGUAAUGAUUUCUCAUGUCAGGAACACAAAGGUUUAGUGUGUGGAGGCCCAGAGCGGGGAGUCUGUGACUGCGGUGUAUGUAAAUGUAAAGGGUUCUACGUUGGAGUCAACUGUGGGCAGAGAAAUUGUUCGUUACUUGACUUUGAAUGUCGACAAGACAAGGAAUCGCCCGUGUGUGGUGGUAGUGAACGAGGUAAAUGUGAAUGUGGUAAAUGCAAGUGUAAUCGUAAAUACACAGGACAGUACUGUGAGGAUUGCCCGACUUGUGAAGGAGGAAUCUGUAGUCGCAGUAAAGACUGCAUCGCUUGUACCAAGUUUGAAAACAAGGGUCUGGAAGAUUGCAAAAAACUUAAUCGAUGUGAGGCGGUCAUUCAAACCGUUGAGACAAUAGAUGAUAUUGACACCUAUACAGACCAAGGACUGUAUCGGUGCGAAGGCACAAAUGRCAAGUGUACGUACUACUUUACAUACAGGAAGAGAGCUGACGGCAAAACUUAUGACCUCUAUAUCCAAGACAAGCAAGAGUGUCCUGAACCUGCACCAAUCCUUACAAUCGUACUGGGUGUAGUAGGGGGUAUACUACUCAUUGGACUAGUCUUGCUGGUCAUUGGAAAGAUUCUUGUGUCGAUGGCGGAUCGUAUUGAGUAUAAGAAAUUCGAAAGAGAUCGUAUGAACGCAAAAUGGCACAAGGAAAAAAACCCACUGUACAAAGAAGCCAAGACGACGUUCGAAAAUCCCACUUAUGCAGGACGUUGAGAUCAUUUUGUACAACCCACACAUUUCACACACACAAGCAUAGCAGAACCAAACAUUCCCUACAUAAAGUAUUCAAGUGAUUUUGACCUUCCACUGUCGUUGAACGAGCCCGCGUUCUUUUUGCUCAGUUAAUUGCCAAGAAACGAGGGACCUAGGACGAGUCCAACUUUCUCAUGUUUUGAUUGGCUGAUCAACUGAUUUGAAGACGACAAAACAAAGGAACUGGGUCUAAAAUUUUCUAGUCGCUCUGGGGCUAUGUUUAAUGGCAACGGCUAAAAGGAUUGCGGGCUCUAGGGAUGAGGAUGGUUGUGUUCACUGCCGCACCUGCGGUGCGCGAUAUGUUGCUAUGACGACCAAGCUACAACAGAUAAUUACAUUUAAUUUAAAAACUAAAGUAACAUCGAAUUGUACUUUAUGUAAAAACAAUCUUAAUGGACCUUCUUUUUGUAGUUGGUUUUCUUGAGGUUUUAUGUUACGUUUUGCAUCCAUCCAUUAGAUACUGCUUUACAUGAAGUAGUAAUCUUAGAGGAAUUUUUUUAAAAACUUGCUUCUAAUCGUUUUGAAUAAGCAUAGUAACCAAGCCUGUUAAGAAGGAGAGGCGGCAAUCUGUAUAUCCGAAUUCUAUCGCACGUAGUGCAUUCUGGGCUCGCCUGCUCACCUUCUGCAAAAAUUAACAAAUUUUACUGAACUAUGUAUUGGAUUCAGUGGAGUAAUAGACAUUAUUAUAUGAAAGUGCCACGGCCAAAUCCCAAUUCAUACUUUUACUUGUACCCAAGCUAGUCCAGAAUGCACCUUGCUCAUCUAACUAAGAUUAUAGCUGUCCAAUGACGUACGAAUACAGAUCAGUCAUCCAUUGGUUAGGGAAACAAUAUACAAGAUGCAUCAUUUAUUAUCCCUGCACAUCUGAAUAAAUAACUCGAUAUGAAUGUUUUAAUAAGACCAGAUAUUGUUAGGUAGUUAAAUUGGCGCUCGUGUCCUUUCGUAAGCAAACAUUCAAUUUAAAUGUCAAAAUUUAGUUUUUACUUUGUUUCGUCUGUAAAUAUUUCUGUUCAUAUUUUCUCUUAUAAUAGCGAUAUUCAUUGUAUACAAACAUUGACGUCAGGAAUCUUUUUUCAUUCAAAUUUGCCAACCAAGGUUUAGGUAGCCGAUAGAACUCUUGUUGGCACAUUAAUAUCAAUAGAUGACGUCUGCGCAAACUUCGUUAAAGGUUUCAUCGAACGUCAAACAUCUUCUGGAUUUUUAUUCAAAUUAUGUAUUAUUUUAAUAUUAUGUUUUUAAUUUGAGAUAUUUUGUUGCUGUCUCGUUGUCAGCUCUCGAUUGGUUCGUUGAGCAUAAAGACCUCCUCAGCUAGGGCGUAAUGUUGUCCCAUUUCAGACAACGUGUCAUUCCCUAGAGUAUCCUUCCUUUGUUUAAUGGUUGCGCUCGGUUGCACAAUGAGAGGACACAUGAAUAUGGAUAGAAUCUCAUUCACAAGGGAAUGACACGUGGUCUGAAAUGGGACAACCUCACGCCCAAGCCGAGGAGGUCUAUCAAAUUAAGCGCAAAAAAAUCCCCAGUGGGUGGUACAGGAGAGUUAAUGUUAAAGGGAUUGCGGUUAGUGGUAUUUGCACAAGAUGAAUAAAUAAACAACGAAUAUUCUAAAUAUA